AUGGGGGUGACAGUUUGGAGAUGUCCAGAUUUGUGCCUCAGGGCUUUUAACUGGCCUGCAUCAGGAUCAGCCUUCCUUUUAGUUUUCAAAGUAAGUAUGAAUAGCGCAGACUGCACGAACGUACUAUUGCGUACUAUCGUCUCUAAAGUAGUAGUGGGUAGUUCAGACCGAGAGAAAAAAUUAAGUGGCAUCGGAAAGAAAAGAACAUCACUAAAGAAGAGCACCGCCCCUGUGGCGAUCUUAAAAUGUUUCAUUUAUCCAGGUAUGGUUUAGUUUGUUAGCUAAGAUAGAAAAGGUACAAAAAGAUCGCAAAAUGUGCAGAUUUAUGCAGGUGUGAUAAAGGGUAUGCUUCACUCCCCUGGUCAUACAAGUCGAAGCUGAAGGCGUGAGUCAUCUUCAGUCUCGAGUUCUACAGAACGGACCGCUGUUAAUAGUUAAUGUAAUUAACUAUUAAUUCAAUCGCAAAACAGUUGUACUCAAUACUUGCUGUCCUCUCUGAAGCGUUUAAAAUUGUGGCGAAUCGCACUUCAUCGUGUCAGUGAAAAUGUGUGCAAGGAAGCGUUGUUCCAUAACGAGCAUCUUCGUAAGAAUAAUUGGUCGUGUUUUGUUACUUUAUCCCAAAGAUUGUGAAAGGAAAAGUGAAGUCUGUUGCGCCAAAGUCAUCUCCUGGGACACCUAACUUGGAACCGACUCCAAAUCACGACUGUCAUGUACCCAGAAACACGGCUAACUCCUCUGUUACGGACCUAACUACACUCUUAAGGAGCACUCAGGUACUUAUAUUACUGUUGAAGAAAUAACCUGCUCACUAAAACUGCGUUUACGCGGAUACGGUUUCAUGUAUCGUUUCCGAUGCAGUUUCGCCUUCUGUUUACACGAUGCCGAUCGAGAUCGUUACCGAAACCGGGUCGUUUUGAAAACGCUGACAAAUGGGAAGCGUUUUGAAAUCGAUACGGAUCCAUCUUUCGAGGAAACGGCGAACCCUUGAAACUGUGUCGAUUUGAAACCAGGUCCGUGUAAACGCUGCCUGAGGGUUUAUGCAUUGGAAGAAAAGGCCUCAGGUUAAAUGAUAAACCAAGACUGAAUGAACAAACCCCAACGCUAGAAACGCAAUGUCCGAGGUUGAAAAUUUAAUAAUGUGACAUAGUAGUUGUCCGAUAUUGUGCCACUCGUAUGGGUUUGGACGGGAGUUUGCGCCUUGAGUCACCGUUAUCAGGAGACAGUUUUCACGCAUGUAAUAACGGAUGUCCUCUUUCUAACUGCUCUUUGAAAUCUUUCAGUGUUAUCUAUACGAAUACAAUGAUGAAGGUCUUCCAGUCAAGCGGCCACGACACUGUCUGCCAUUCGCGGUUAUACCUGUGAAGGGAAACGAGAUAUCGAGCCUGUGCAGUAGAAGACCGCUGAUGUCCGUUGUAAUGCCUUUGAUCCCAGGAAAGGAAUUC